AUGCCGCUCCCCGACGGGGCGCGCAGCCUGGGGGGCGUCUACACCAACGGGGCGCGCGGCACGGGCUACACCAACCGGACUUUCGAGUUCGACGACGGCAGAUGCAGCUCAAGGAGGGACUGCCGCGGGGACGGUGUGCUCCUGGACAUCGCGGGCCUCAAGAUGAGCGACCUGGACUCGGAGGUGCUGCCCCUGCCGCCCCGGUACCGCUUCCGGGACCUGCUCCUGGGUGACCAGUCCUUCCAGAACGACGACAGGGUCCAGGUGGAGUUCUACGUCAAUGAGAACACCUUCAAAGAACGCCUGAAGCUCUUCUUCAUCAAGAACCAGAGAUCCAGCCUGCGGAUCCGGCUCUUCAACUUCUCUCUGAAGCUGCUCACCUGCCUCCUGUACAUCGUCCGCGUCCUGCUGGACAACCCCAAGCAGGGCAUCGGAUGCUGGGGUUGCCCCAAGGAGAACUACACCUUCAACGGCUCGUCCUCCGAGUUUAACUGGGCCCCCAUCCUGUGGGUGGAGAGGAAGCUGGCUCUGUGGGCCGUUCAGGUCAUCGUGGCCGUGAUCAGCUUCCUGGAGACCAUGCUCAUCAUGUAUCUCAGCUACAAGGGCAACAUCUGGGAGCAGAUCUUCCGGGUCUCCUUUGUGCUGGAGAUGAUCAACACCCUGCCCUUCAUCAUCACGAUCUUUUGGCCACCGCUGCGGAACCUGUUUAUCCCCGUGUUCCUCAACUGCUGGCUGGCCAAGCACGCGCUGGAGAACAUGAUCAACGACUUCCACCGUGCCAUCCUGAGGACCCAGUCGGCCAUGUUCAACCAGGUCCUGAUCCUGUUCUGCACCCUGCUGUGCCUCGUUUUCACCGGCACCUGUGGCAUCCAGCACCUGGAACGUUCUGGUGGGAACCUGUCCCUGCUCACCUCCUUCUACUUCUGCAUUGUCACCUUCUCCACCGUGGGCUACGGGGACGUAACUCCACAGAUCUGGCCAUCACAGCUGCUGGUGGUCAUCAUGAUCUGUGUGGCCCUCGUGGUGCUUCCCCUGCAGUUUGAGGAGCUGGUCUACCUCUGGAUGGAGCGGCAGAAGUCCGGGGGCAACUACAGCCGCCACCGGGCGCAGACAGAGAAGCACGUGAUCCUGUGUGUCAGUUCUCUCAAGAUCGACCUCCUCAUGGACUUCCUGAAUGAGUUCUACGCCCACCCCCGGCUCCAGGACUACUACGUGGUCAUCCUGUGCCCCACGGAGAUGGACGUGCAGGUACGCAGGGUCCUGCAGAUUCCCCUGUGGUCCCAGCGAGUCAUCUACCUCCAGGGCUCGGCCCUCAAGGACCAGGACCUCAUGCGGGCCAAGAUGGACAACGGGGAGGCCUGCUUCAUCCUCAGCAGCCGGAAUGAGGUGGACCGCACGGCGGCAGACCACCAGACCAUCCUGCGCGCCUGGGCUGUGAAGGACUUUGCCCCCAACUGCCCCCUCUACGUGCAGAUCCUCAAGCCGGAGAACAAAUUCCACGUCAAAUUCGCAGACCAUGUGGUGUGUGAGGAGGAGUGCAAGUACGCCAUGCUGGCCCUGAACUGCAUCUGCCCGGCCACGUCCACGCUCAUCACCUUGCUGGUGCACACCUCACGAGGCCAGGAGGGACAGGAGUCCCCUGAGCAGUGGCAGCGCAUGUAUGGCCGGUGCUCCGGGAACGAGGUUUACCACAUCCGCAUGGGCGACAGCAAGUUCUUCCGAGAGUAUGAGGGCAAGAGUUUCACCUACGCCGCCUUCCACGCACAUAAGAAGUAUGGUGUGUGUCUCAUCGGGCUGAAGCGAGAGGAGCACAAGAGCAUCCUGCUGAACCCCGGGCCCCGGCACACGCUGGCCGCCUCGGACACCUGCUUUUACAUCAACAUCACCAAGGAGGAGAACUCAGCCUUCAUCUUUAAGCAGGAGGAGAAGCAGCGACGGCAGGGCUGCCCGGGCCAGGGGCUGUACGAGGGGCCCUCUCGACUGCCUGUGCACAGCAUCAUCGCCUCUGUAGGCACCAUGGCCAUGGACCUCCAGAACGCAGAGUGCCGCCCACCACAGAGCUCCACAGGAGACAAGCUAGCGCUGCCCACGGAGAACGGCUCGGGCAGCCGGCGGCCCAGCAUCGCACCAGUCCUAGAGCUGGCCGAGAGCUCAGUACUGCUGCCCUGCGACCUGCUGAGUGACCAGUCAGAGGACGAGACCACGCCUUCAGACGAGGAGGGGCUGUCGGUGGUGGAGUAUGUGAAGGGCUAUCCCCCCAACUCACCCUACAUCGGUAGCUCCCCAACCCUGUGCCACCUGCUGCCCGUGAAGGCUCCUUUCUGCUGCCUGCGGCUGGACAAGGGCUGCAAGCACAACAGCUAUGAGGACGCCAAGGCCUACGGGUUCAAGAACAAACUCAUCAUCGUGUCCGCAGAGACGGCCGGCAACGGGCUGUACAACUUCAUCGUGCCUCUGCGGGCCUAUUACCGCUCCCGCAAGGAGCUCAACCCCAUCGUGCUGCUUCUGGACAACAAGCCGGACCACCACUUCCUGGAGGCCAUCUGCUGCUUCCCCAUGGUCUAUUACAUGGAGGGCUCAGUGGACAACCUGGACAGCCUGCUGCAGUGCGGCAUCAUCUACGCUGACAACCUCGUGGUGGUGGACAAGGAGAGUACCAUGAGCGCCGAGGAGGACUACAUGGCCGACGCCAAGACCAUUGUCAACGUGCAGACCAUGUUCCGUCUCUUCCCCAGUCUCAGCAUCACCACGGAGCUCACACACCCCUCCAACAUGCGCUUCAUGCAGUUUCGGGCCAAGGACAGCUACUCGCUCGCGCUUUCCAAGCUGGAGAAGAGGGAGCGAGAGAACGGCUCAAACCUGGCCUUCAUGUUCCGCUUGCCGUUCGCCGCAGGCCGCGUCUUCAGCAUCAGUAUGUUGGACACGCUGCUCUAUCAGUCCUUCGUCAAGGACUACAUGAUCAGCAUCACACGUCUGCUCCUGGGCCUGGACACCACGCCAGGGUCCGGUUACCUGUGUGCCAUGAAGAUCUCGGAGGAGGACCUCUGGAUCCGCACCUACGGCCGCCUCUUCCAGAAGCUGUGCUCCUCCAGCGCCGAGAUCCCCAUUGGCAUCUACCGCACGGAGUGCCACGUGUUUGCCCCCUCAGAGCCCCACGACUUCAGGGCUCAGUCUCAGAUCUCAGUGAACAUGGAAGACUGUGAAGACACACGGGAGGUGCGAGGGCCCUGGGCGGCCAAGGCCAGCGGCGGAGGCAGUAUCCACGGGCGCCAGAUGACCAGUGACCCGGCAGAGGCCAUGCCGCUGCGACGGAAGAGCCUGCAGUGGGCACGCCGACUCAGCCGCCGGGGCCCCAAGCCAGCGAGCAGGGCGGCGGCGGCGGCCGAGUGGAUGGGGCAGCAGCGGCUGAGCCUGUACCGGCGCUCCGAGCGGCAGGAGCUGUCCGAGCUGGUGAAGAACCGCAUGAAGCACCUGGGGCUGCCCACCACUGGCUACGAUGAGAUGAAUGACCAGCAGAACACGCUGUCCUAUGUCCUCAUCAACCCACCACCGGACACAAGGCUGGAGCCCAACGACAUUGUGUACCUCAUCCGCUCUGACCCCCUGGCCCACGUGGCCAGCAGUACCCAGAGUCGGAAGAGCAGCUGCAGCCACAAGCUGGCGUCCUGCAAUCCCGAGACUCGUGACGAGACGCAGCUGUGA